AUGACUGACGAGAUCACGGCCGCCGCGCCGCGUCAGCCAGAUACAGGCCAGGCUCCAUCACAAGACCCCUUCAGCAAGCAGUUCGCACAGCAGCUGGAGGACAACUCAAAAGAAUUGGAUCUCCGCGAUGAUACUGUCAUUGAGGACAACAGAUUCGCGUUCACGCCGACGCAACUCCACAAGCUGAUCACAGCGCGCAACCUAUCAGCACUGCGACGCUUUGGUGGUCUUCCCGGCCUCGCGGCUGGCUUGCGGACAGAUCUCGCCGCCGGGCUCAGUGUAGACGAGACAAGCCUCGAUGGCACAAUAUCGUUCGAAGAAGCUGUUACCGCAGGAGAGGCACACCGGGCUGCCGCAAUCACGCCUCAACCUCCGACAACACAACACAAGCACGGUAUCAAGUUGGACCUGGACCUGAUUCAACAUGAGGCCCAGGGCUAUACAGACCGGAGACGUAUAUAUGGCGAAAACAGGCUCCCGAAACGAAAGCAAAAAUCGUUUCUGAGGCUUGCAUGGAUCGCGUUCAACGACAAGCUCAUGUUCCUCCUCACGAUCUCAGCUACGAUCUCUCUGGCGCUUGGCAUCUACGAAACGGUAGAUGCAUCCGAUGACGAGCCGAACAUCCAAUGGGUCGAUGGUGUCACCGUUGUUGUAGCUAUUCUGGUAAUUGUGUUCGCCAGUGCUGCUACGGACUGGCAAAAGAACGCCAGGUUCGCUAAGCUCAAUGAGAGGAAGGAGCAGAGAGAUGUCAAAGUCAUACGGUCCGGUAAGACCCAGAACAUCUCUGUAUACGACGUGCAGGUUGGAGAAAUCAUGCACAUUGAGACUGGAGAUGUCGUUGCCGUCGAUGGAGUACUUGUUCAGGGCUCCGGUAUCCAGGUCGACGAGUCCUCCCUCUCGGGCGAGUCUGAACUCGUGCACAAGAACGUUCCCAGCGAGAGUGAUAUCCGCAACCGAAAAGCUCACAGAUCUUCGGCCACUGACCCCUUCAUCCUCAGCGGCACGACAGUCUCCGGUGGUGUCGGUGCGUACCUCGUGACAUCGGUAGGAACCAACUCGACGUAUGGCCGGACCUUGAUGUCGUUGAGAGAGGAUGUCGAGGAAACUCCUCUGCAGCAGAAGCUGGGAAAGUUGGCAAAGCAACUCAUUACGUUUGGUGCGAUUGCCGGCAUCAUCUUCUUCCUCAUCCUGUUCAUCCGCUUCCUCGUUGGGCUCCCAACCAUGAGAGGAACUGCCUCUGAAAAGGCCGAGACCUUCUUCAAACUCUUGAUCCUAGCCGUCACUGUCGUCGUGAUCACCGUGCCCGAAGGUCUAGCCCUCGCCGUCACCCUUGCUCUCGCUUUUGCCACGACCAGAAUGCUCAAGGACAAGAACCUCGUCCGCCUCAUCCGUUCCUGUGAGAUCAUGGGUAAUGCCACAUGCAUCUGCUCAGAUAAGACAGGAACAUUGACGCAGAACAGCAUGACGGUCGUCACUGGCAGAAUCGGACUCCAUGAACGUUUCGGUGACGCGCCAAGAGAAAUCAGCAAGGACGAUGUGAAGAAAGACCUGAGCACCGAUGAUGCCUCGGACCAGGAACACCCCAAAGCCUUGCUGGAAUCCUUGAGCGGCGAUGUGAGAGCGCUGAUGAAGAAUAGCAUCGCGCUGAAUACCACGUCAUUCGAGAGCGAUAAUCCGAACGAUGCUGGCUUCGUGGGGACGAGCACCGAGACUGCUCUGCUCAGGUUCAGCCGCGAGUUCUUUGCCAUGGGGCCACUUAGCGAGGAGAGGGCAAACAACGAGAUUGUCGACAUGUUCCCUUUUGACGCGUCGCGGAAGUGGAUGGCGGUCAUGUCAAAGCUGCCCGGUGGGAAAUACCGACUUCUCGUCAAAGGGGCGGCCGAGGUCGUCUUUGACCAGUGUGCCAACGUCCUCAAGGAACCGAAGACCGGCCUCUCCGUACAGCGUGUCACGAUCGAGAUACGAGAUGACCUGCGAUCGACGAUCCGCGACUACGCCAAGCAGAUGCUCCGACCUAUUGUCAUCGCCUACAAAGACGUUGACGCACCAUUUGAAACACCAGAUGACCCCGACUCCAUCAAAUUCGAGAAGCACUUUGCCGACAUGACGUUCAUCGGCGUUUUUGGAAUUCGUGAUCCCCUUAGACCCGAGGUCCUCGACUCCGUGCGUCAGUGCCAGGAGGCCGGGGUGUUUGUGCGAAUGGUCACCGGAGACAACUUUCUGACGGCAAAGGCUAUCGCAUCAGAGUGCGGCAUCUAUUCAGCCGGCGGCUUGGCUAUGGAUGGGCCGACGUUCCGGAAGCUGACCCCCGCCCAGCUGGAUCUGGUUAUUCCGCGGCUCCAGGUGUUGGCGAGAUCUAGCCCGGAAGAUAAGCUCCUCCUCGUAUCCCAUCUGAAAAAAAUGGGCGAGACGGUUGCUGUGACUGGCGAUGGCACCAAUGACGCGUUGGCUCUCAAGGCGGCGGAUGUAGGCUUUGCUAUGGGCAUCCAAGGAACCGAGGUUGCUAAAGAAGCUGCGUCUAUUAUUCUGCUCGACGAUAACUUUGCCUCGAUUGUGAAGGCGUUGGUAUGGGGUCGCACGGUGAAUACAGCUGUGAAGAAGUUCCUUCAAUUCCAAUUCACAAUUAACAUCACUGCUGGCACUCUGACUGUUGUCUCCGAGUUGGCAGGAGACUCCAUUUUCACCGUCGUUCAACUGCUCUUCAUCAACCUCAUCAUGGAUAUCUUCGCCUCGCUCGGUCUGGCCACCGAUUACCCCUCACCAGACUUCCUCAAACGCAGGCCGGAGCCACGUACAGCACCCAUUGUCAAUAUUACAAUGUGGAAGAUGAUCCUAGGCCAGGCAAUCUACCAGCUUGCAGUCAUGUUCACCCUCCACUACGCAGGAGACCAACUCUUCCACCCCACCACAACCGCGGAGCGCGAGGCACUGCAGACUAUGAUCUUCAACAUCUACGUCUGGAUGCAGUUCUUCAAUCAGCACAACUGCCGUCGUGUCGAUAACAAGCUCAAUAUCUGGUAUCAAGGCGUCCUUCGAAACCCAUGGUUCAUCGGCGUGCAAUGCGCCACCUUGGCCGGGCAAAUGAUCAUCAUAUGGAAGGGUGGUCAGGCAUUCGACACCCGCCCCCUUAAUGGUGCGCAAUGGGGUUGGUCGAUGCUGUUCGGUGUUCUUGUAAUUCCCCUGGGCGCUUUGAUACGCCAAGUCCCUGACGAGUUAGUCUACGGCUUCUUCCAAGCCGUCAAGCGAGGCUUCCUCGGCACGGUACACGUCCUUUCCAAGGUUCUCCCAACGAAGUGGCGGAAGAAGGCCGAGGAGGAAGUCGAGGACAUGGGGGCGGCGCAGAGCUGGGUACUACAGACGGGCGCGGCGCUGCUGCGGCCGAUGAACUAUGAAUGGGGCAGCUCGACCCCACCGCCAGGCUCCAAGCUUGCGGGAAGGGUGUCGAGUAUACCUGCUGCACAGAGAGAGGCUCUGAUUCGUGCUGCAAAGGCGGGCACUGGGGACAAUGAGAUUGAUGUGCCUGCGCUCAUCGAUGCGGCGCGUUGCGCCAAGGUGGAGUUGUCUUAUGGCCUAGAGGUCCAUCCAGAUACUUUGGUGGAGGACCCGAUCUUACUGACUUCUAUUGGGGUUGAUGGGAAGAAGUGCCCGCCGAGCCAGGAUCCGGAGAUCUUGCGCCACUUCGCUCACGCGUUGACGGCUCAGAGGUCAGAAGUCCAGUACUGUUUUGUUUUCCCGGUGGGUGGCACAUUAAUAUCAUACCGACGCAUGUAUGCUCUCUUCUGGUCGUCACAUCUGGCUCGGGUGCUCCUCAACGCAACCGACUGCAUCCUAGUAGUUGAAGAUUACAUCAGAGCCGAUCGCAUCCUGCGUCGCAUUGCGGCGAUCACGGAAGGUAUCAGGCCGGCGGGUUCUGCCGGACUUUGUGACUGGCCAAUACUUUCACGGCCUAGCCAGGGCGAAAGCCAUUUUUGGGAGUCCUUUUGCAUGAAGAUGACAAUGCUUCAUUCAUUUGAUCUCUUCGCAAUCGAAAUACACUUAUUGACCUCGAAGUCAUCCGCGUCAUCGUCUUUUCCAUUCAUCAAAGUAGCCAUGAAGUGGAACACCUUCGCCGUGGUCGUAGCAAUCGCGGCCAGAAAAAGUGCCGCUCAUGCCACUUUCCAACAACUCUGGUGUGCAAGAUUGCCCCAAAGCAACUCGCCCGUCACCAAUCUCGCCGGUAACGAAGUCAGAUGCAACGUCGGCGGAACAAGCGGCGUAAACGCCAAAUGCCCUGUCAAGGCCGGUGGAACGGUCACCAUUGAGAUGCAUCAGCAAAACGGCGACAGAAGCUGCAAGAAUGAAGCCAUCGGCGGCGCGCACUACGGGCCGGUCAUAGUCUACCUCAGCAAAGUCGACAACGCCGCCACAGCCGACGGUUCUGCUGGCUGGUUCAAGAUCUUCCAAGACGGCUGGUCCGCCAAAUCCGGCUCCGGCUCCGGCGAUGACGAUAAUUGGGGCACCAAAGAUCUCAACACCUGCUGCGGCAAGAUGGAUAUCCCGAUCAGCAAAGAUAUCGCCGACGGCGACUACCUUCUCCGGGCGGAAGUCAUUGCUCUCCAUGCUGCCGGGCCUUCAGGCGGAGCGCAGCUCUAUAUGACGUGCUUCCAGCUUUCGGUCUCGGGCGGUACGGGGACGGCGAAACCCGCGACAGUCAGCUUCCCCGGUGCGUACAAGGCGAGCGAUCCCGGAAUUGCUGUCAACAUCCAUGCAAAGCUGUCUGGAUAUACGGUCCCCGGUCCUGCUGUCGCUUCGAUCGGGACUACGAAGACGGCAGGUUCUGGAUGCAGUGGUUGCGCAUCUACGUGCGAUGCUGCCAAAGGACCUGUCGGCACGGCGCUUCCUAUAUCACCUGUCGGUGGAGGAGGUACGUCUCCUGGCACUGGAAGCCCGCCGUCGUGUACUGUUCAGAAGUAUGCGCAGUGUGGUGGUCAGGGUUGGACGGGAUGCACCACCUGUGCCGUAAGUUACCACCUUCUCGUGUUCGAGUCCCAUUUCCAGGCCUUCAAGCUAACGACUAUCUACUCCCUACAGUCAGGUUCAACUUGCCAGGGUGUCUCGGCGCCAUACUACUAUCAGUGUGCUUAG